AACAGACGGGAUUGACAGACAGUCGUGUUUGGUGCAUGGAUCGGAGUGAAAACAAACGUGUCUGCGUGUACUGGAGUUUAUAAACACCACAUAUAGCCAGCACGUGUAUUGAUCGGAUAUAGAUAGAGCGAGGAUAGUGACAGACCAAUUCUAAACAGAAUCUGUUGACAAUUUUUACACACUUAUGAACUGAUGAUGUGACCAAAAGAAGAAGAGAAAAGAUAGUCCGAUCUCGCCAUGCCGAGGAGAAGGUGUCGCUGGGUGCUGUUUUUGGGGCUGGUCUGGGCGGUGCUACUAAUUAUGUAUGUGUAUCGGAGCCCCGGGGACAAGGUUGACGGCAAUGGAUCACCCAAUCACUAUGGAGAUGCAGUCAGGGAAAUGGUUGUUCCUGAGCAACAGGAGGAACAGGCAAUUCCAAAACGAAUCCCCAAAAAGGCAGAGCACCAACAGGAAGUACGGAAGGAGGAGCCCGAUGAGGAGGCAGGAGACAUUCCUUGGGAAGAAUUUGACGAAAAAGGGUACAUCGACAAGAAGCGCUGUAGUGCGGGCCAGGACUGCUAUGAUAGAAAUAAGUUCAACCAGUUGGCCAGCGACAAUACUAAAAGUAAUCGCCAUGUACCGGAUACAAGAAAUGCACAAUGCCGAGAGGAGCAACAUGAUAGUAACCUUGACCCCACCAGUGUCAUCAUCACAUUCCAUAACGAGGCGCGGUCCACCCUUCUACGCACAAUUGUCAGUGUGUUCUCCAGAAGUCCCAAACAUCUGAUAACAGAGAUAAUCCUGGUGGAUGAUUUCAGUGAUGACCCCUCUGACGGUCAGGAGCUAGCUGUCAUUAAAAGGGUGAAGAUCCUUCGUAACGACAAGCGGGAGGGUCUGAUGAGGUCCCGAGUGAAGGGGGCGGACGCUGCCCGAGCCCCCAUUCUCACCUUUCUUGACAGUCACUGCGAGUGUAACGUCGGCUGGUUAGAGCCCCUCCUGGACCGCAUCAAGGGGGACAGGACUCGAGUUGUGAGUCCCAUUAUUGAUGUAAUCAAUAUGGAUAACUUUGAGUAUAUUGGAGCCUCAGCUGAUCUCAAGGGGGGGUUUGAUUGGAACUUGGUUUUUAAGUGGGACUACAUGACACCUGAGGAGAGAAAUAAACGAGCAGGAAAUCCGAUCCAGCCAAUCAGAACACCAAUGAUUGCUGGUGGACUGUUCAGCAUUGAGAAAAAAUGGUUUGAAGAACUUGGAAAAUACGACAGAAACAUGGACGUAUGGGGAGGAGAGAACCUCGAGAUAUCAUUCAGAGUGUGGCAGUGCCACGGAUCUCUAGAAAUCAUCCCCUGUAGUCGCGUAGGUCACGUGUUCAGGAAGCAGCAUCCGUAUACAUUCCCAGGGGGCAGCGGCAAUGUGUUCGCUCGCAACACCAGGCGAGCGGCGGAGGUUUGGAUGGAUAACUACAAAGAGUUUUACUACGCCGCUGUUCCAUCUGCUAAAAUGGUCAACUUUGGAGAUAUUUCAGAGAGAAUGGAUCUAAGGAAAAGAUUAAGCUGUAAACCAUUUAAAUGGUUUCUUGAACAUGUUUACCCUGAGCUUAAGGUGCCUGGACACCAGGAUCAAGCUUUUGGUAGCAUACAGCAGGACAAUAACUGUAUGGACACCCUGGGCAACUUUGCGGAUGGUAUUUUAGGGAUCUUCCCCUGUCACUUUGCUGGUGGGAAUCAGGUGAACGAGAACCAGGAGUUUUCUCUGACAAAGGAGGGCUUUAUUCGUCAUCUUGACCUUUGUGUGACCUUGACUGGAAGCAUGCCAGGAACUGUGGUGAAACUAUUCCAGUGUCAGGAAGGCAACACUCUUCAGAUGUGGCAGAGAACUAGCAGGGACACCAUGUUGAAGUGUCAUAACUACGACCUGUGUCUGGACAGCCAGGAGGUCCAGAUGAAGGGACUGAUCGUCAACGCGUGUCAGGAGGGAUCACCCACACAGAAGUGGAGCUUCGCCGUCAGCAAAGGGGGGUAACUCCAGCUGACCAAUCGCCAACAAUCUAGUCAUCUGUUAUCACUAGUUGACAAUCAGACAUUGGACACGGCCCUGCCGGCUGAUUUCUGUUAUGGCUCUGUUGAUUGGACAUGAUCUAUGUGUGUGUGUUGUUGGGGUGAUUUGAAAUGUUUAUAGUUUAAUUUAUGAUGAGAGAUUGGUGUGUUAAUUUUUUUUCACACUUUGUAUCAAGCUUAAUUAUUUACGUAAUUAUUUUUUAAUGAUUUGUAUAUGGCUCAAAGUCCUAAUGAUUGUUAGUUUUUCUUUUUUUAAAUCAUUCCAUUGUGCGUAAUGAGGGUUGUUAGUUUUUGUGUAUGUGAGUACGAGCAUUGUUUUUCAUAAGAAGUUUACAUUUAGUGCUUUACCAUUAUGUUAAUGGCCGUUGUGAUCUCUUUUUUAGAUCUGGGCUGAAUUCUGAUGUUUUCAUUCAGUCAUUGAAUUCCAUAUUUUCUGCAAACUUUGACCCUGCUGUUCCAAGUUCUUGUUUGGUAGACUUACUGUAUUUGGAUUUUAACAAGCUUUAUUCUGGUACUAAGCUGAGGUUUGGGGUCUUCCAAUGUCUAUCAAAUGUGUACCUUAACAGAUAUUUGCUUUAUUUGUCUUAAGUUGCAGCAUGGCCAUCAAUUAUAUAUCAUUCAAUUAUGUAAUCAAUAUUGUGGGAUUUUAAACCGAUUAUGACAUGUAUAUCACACAUUCAAGGGUAAUUCAGGGUAACACUUACAGUUAAUGUCAGGUUAACACAUUCACAUUAUUUUAUGAGCAGUUUUGAUUUUAUUUUCAAUUCUUUGAGAUUUUUGUAAAAUCAUAGAAAUAAUUGCAUUGUUGAAAACCUUUGUCAAUCCCAUAUCAUGUUUAGCAAUGUUUGCAUUGAAUUAGGGUAAGAUUAAUAGCUAACACAAUGUGGUAUCUGAUGUGUUCUUAUCCCUUGCCAUGCAUUGAUGAGCUUAGAAUCCACCUCAGGCAAAAAAAAAAGGUCUUAACAUUACUUAGUGUUUAAAUUCAAAAUUCACUGCUAGAAAAAAAUCCUAGUUAGUACAUGUAUAGGGUAGACCUGUCUCUACUUGCCAUACAUUAUGCCAAAUUUCAUUUGCAUGCAAUAUUUGUUAAAUCUACACUGCUGUUUUUACAGGUUUGUUUAAUAUUGUGAAAAAAAUGUGUAUUGGUAAUUAUUGUUUAGUUUUAGUUUAUGAACAUCAUUAUAAAUUGAAUACAUACACAAUUACGUCCCCCUAGGUUACUAUUUUGUGCCAAAUCAUCAAAAAUUCUGAUUUUAUUUUUGUACUUUAAAUAUUAUCACCCUGCCUAUUUGCUGUGAGCCUGCCACAGAGUGUGCUUUUGUUCCAUGACAAUAUCAGUAGGAUAGUUCUAGUGCUGGCCCACUAUUCAUCGUUGUUAGUCAGGACUUUACCUGGUGUACGGACCGGUAAAUCUACCACCUCAUGAACUGUCCAACAACCCACCAAGGUCAAAGCUUGGCCUGCAAUGAUGCUUUUAUUUCUGCUACAUUUGACCAUGGUAUGUGCUAUCACAUGCUAUAUUUGGCUGUGGCUUAUGCUACCCCACAACAUGUUUGACUGUGGCUUGUGCUACCACCCACCACAUUUGAAUGUGGCCUGUGCUACCAUCCACCAAAUUUGGCUGUGGCUUGUACUACUAGUCAGCACAUUUUCCCCAUGGGCUGUGCUACACUUGCCACAUUUGGUUGUGGCUUGUGCUACCACUCGCCACAUUUGGUUGUGGUGUGCGCUACUAGCCAGCAUGUUAUACCAUGGCUUGGGCUUGCACUCACCACAUUUGGUUGUGGCGCCUGCCACAGUUCACAUCUCUACCACUACCCACCAGUCUUCCACAUUGAGGUUCAUCCCUGAGUAAUGCCAUAGGACAUCCUCUCUUUAUUGUUGACUUUCUUUAAACUCCCAAGCUUUCAAACUUUUCCCCAGAUACAUAUUGCAAGAAUUAAAUUAGUGGUUUGUAAUUAAACUGCAAGUGUUAUGACGUUUGAUUUAGACCUUGAAUACAAAAAGGGGGUUCCUGGCCUCUACAUAAAUUUUAUUAAAUAUCCACUGUGAUGGGGGCCAUUACAAAGCAUUACCUGCACAUGGCAGUUCCUCCACACUGAUCUUCCUCUCACAAUCUGCUUCAAUCAAUUCCUGAUCUUCCAGAGGCUUUAUUUAAUGUGUUGAUGGAUUUUACUUAUUUUGUUAAAAUUAAAAUGUGAUUUCAUAUGAUUGAUAUUCUUUAAUGAUCUGUUUUUAUGUCUUCAGUGAAUUUUAUGUGGUGGUUUCAGUAUCUGAUAAACUACACAUGGAUAAAAAAUGUGAUUCAUUUGACUGUAUAGUUUUAUGACAUAUGAAUUAUAUAUAUAUUAUAUAUAUAGAGGAUAUAUUUGUUUUUCAAAUGAUUUUUUUCUCAUCGGCAUUAUUUGUGAUUUGUACACAAUAGUUUUAUUGUUCAGCAUAUUACCAUACAGUGAUUGUAAUUUAAACGAUUGUUUCAUUAUAUGAAUACCGUAUACACAUGUAUUGUUGUUUUAAUAGAUAUACACCCAGCGAGUGGGCAAAUUGAAGUCACAAGAUCUGUUUUAUAAGCAUGUAUAUUUUGUUGCAUUUACUCCAUCAUAGACAAAAUUUACAAAUGAAGCUUUACCUGAUGUAUAGAUUUCUGUAAUAAUGAUGAUCUCGACUGAAAUCAAAGAUGACGUUUGGUGUAGCGCGGGUUACGGUUCCUGUAGUUAGGGAUGAGAUUGAAAUCAAAGACAACGUUUGGUGUAGCGCGGGUUAAGGUUCCUGUAGUUAGGGAUGACUAGUUCUGUUCUUGUUAUCAUAUUAAAGCUCAGCUUCCAUUCUA